GUCACCCUUCCACCUCACCUCCGUUACCAGCCCAGCUUUGAUUUACCCUUUGCACCUCAUUCACCCUUGACGGCUCUUUCGGCCCAUCACGGCACACACGACACUUUAAUUGCCAGCGCCCUCAUCUUCCGCCUCUUGUGAUAAUACCGCUGCUACUAAUACACAUUCCGACCGCCGCAUUCCUCUCACGCCAACCCAUUCGCGCAUCCAAUCCAGCUCACACGCCCUCCGUUCAGACCAUCAACAAAACCACCGCAUCAAGUCGAAGACGACGUAAUACACUUCGAGUCGGCUUGAUUAUCAAAGCCGAUAUCGUUGACCCAUUAGCGCACGUCUUGCAAGUCGACGGAUGAUGGCCGCAGAGCCCUCAGUUGAAUCUUCGGCCGUUUCCUCUUCUUCGCUCGAUCCUAGUUCUUCUAGCAACUACGCUGCCCAGCAUGGCGAUGUUCAUUAUUCGACAGUAAACGGCAACCCUGCUGUAUCGGACGACGUCUUCAACAAGCACAUAGCCAACGUCGAAGACCAAAUUCACUCCGCCGAUGUUAGCGUCAGCGGCGGCUCCGAUACCGAAGGCACUCGCCAACGAGAUGGAGAACGCGGGCACUCGCGGACCCUUUCGUCCAUUAAGAAGCCCGCAACCUUCAAGGCCGUAUCUGUCAACAAAACCUUCCUCGCCGCCAAAGCAGGCAGUGCUGUAACACCAUCCAAGACGGCCGAACGUCCCGCGGGCAGUUCCAAUACCCCGCCACCUAGCUCUUUCGGCCUAUUAAGCUCUCGGCCAAGGCUCGUAGCCAAGCUUGGCAUUGGCGCAAAGGAUUCCGUUCCCAGGUUCGCUCCAGGCGUAAACGGCGGCAGUGCCCCUGGUGGGCCUGAUCCUAGCGCUGUUUGGAACAAGAAUCGACCUCCAGAGCCGAAGAAAUUCACCGAUGAGGAGCUUCAAAAGUAUGGUAUUCAUAUGGCUAGUCGCCUGAAUGAAGACGACUCCGGUAAUCAGAAUAAAUGGGCCGAUAUCGACGACGAUGACGAAGACUGGGCGCCAAACGACAUUACUUGGGGCGACGGUACCAAGACCACACUAGCCAGUGCUGAGGCUGAAGCCCAGCAAGCGUACGAUGCUGAGGUAGCGGCCGAACGGGAGCGCAUGCAAGGCAAAGCGCACCAAGGAGGAUAUCCUCCAGAACCCCCUCAACGAUCUAGUGGGCUAUCUUCUGGUCGUGGCCUAAUCCUGAAGAACGGCUCCCAAGACCGGCCGGCUUUGGUUGCAAAGCCUCCUGCGCCUGUACAGCAAGCCAAGUCGCCUUGGGCCUCACUUCCUCCAGUCGAUAAAGUCUCGCCAUCAUACAUUGAUAGCCAAUAUAGUCGGGAAGGACCUCGCGAUGGGCCAUACGGACGCCCAGUUCCUAAAGAAAUUGCCGCUGAUGACUUUAGUCGAUCAGCCUGGCGCAACAGCAAUGGCCAAGGUGGAAGAGAGCUGUACAACUCUCAAUCAGGCCGCUACGAGCCCGUCUCUGACCGCCGUGGUCCGCCGAGACCUGAUCAGCAUGGAAAGCCAGCGGUACUGCACCGACAAGAUGGGCCUGCAGAACCAUCAAAUGCUUUUCAAACUCAUCGAGCAUCCCACGAGAUCCCCAUUGGCCGUAGACGUGGUUCCUCCAACGUCAGCGGUGGCAGUGGAACUUACAUGCAGCGUGGUCUUGAUGCACCUUUCGCUGACUCUCAAAGCCGCAGACGACCGUCGUUUGUUGGCUCCAGCGACGGACAUAGUGUCCAUGGCAUGAACGGACCUAACCAACAUAACCGAUCACAACUUCCGUCCGGUUGGAUGCCUCGUUCGUCUCCCAAUGCAACCUACGCCACACCGCAUCAUAUUGAUCAUCCGUUAGAGAUGGGUUCCUCGCCACCCACCCAGCAGCCCGUGGUCGACGAAGUUGAGUAUCAAAAGAAGCUCAUGCAAGAGCGCCGCGACCUUGCCAGAAAGCGCCGACAAGAAGAAGAAGAGCGCGAAGAGAACGCUAGACGUGAAAGAAUUCAGAAGAAGCUCGAGGCCCUUGGCCCUGCACCUGAAAAGAGGGCAGACAGGAAGGAAGAGGAUGGCGAGAGUGUAUCCAAGUCCCCUCACAUUCAAAAACGUGAGGCUGCGCUGAGCGAGCAUGAUCGACGCGAGAGACGACAGUCAACAGCAGACUCAGACGACAAGUCACGCACCCCAGCUGCAAGACGGCCAUCGCAUAGCCAUGAGAGCAGAAACACGGAGAGUUGGGCGGGGCAGGGUUCAAGAAGCGAAAAGUAUGCUUCCUGGACUGGCGCUGGCGCUCCAGCGUCUCGAAACGUCUGGGGCUCACCUAACAACGACAAGGGCCUCGGCAAUGGCACCUUCAACCCUGACUUGGGUCGCCUGCCUGGUACUGUUGCGCAAUCCCAGACCAACCCUAAGCCCACGACUACAGCGCCAGCUCAAACUACGGCGCCUACUCGAGCAUCUCAACCCGCACCUAUUGGAAGCCGAGCUUCACGAUAUGAGAACUCUGCGCCUGACCUUACCAAUAAAUGGGUUUCAGCAGUAGCCGAGAAUGAUCAAAACAUCAAUGCUAUGCAGAUGGCUGAGCUCGCUGCUCAAAAGCGAAGAUCUGUCGAGGCUGGACGCCCAGUUGAGGAUGUCCAACCUGUCAUCAAAGAAACGUGGCGUCCUGUUCAAGUAUCGGUGGACGGCACUCGCCGUAGUGUUGCGGAGACUCCAGCAGCAACCAGCGAUAGGGAUGGAGCCGGGAAAUCCGGUGCAUCUAUGCUUCGCCAAGCUAGCGGCCCGUCGGGUCAGCCACGAGCCUCUCGCUUCUUCCCCUCUAAGGAGCCUCGCAUAGAUCAAAACUCGGCUGCAACAGAAGCUUACCGCCCUUCGUCGCCGUCACCACCGCCCCCAACCAUGGAGGAUCACCCCGUAUAUGCCGGUAGCGUAACUCGUCCUAACGUAUCGCUUCCUAAGCCACAGCCUGUGGUGAAGCUGCCACCUGCCGCCAGUGCACCUAGUGCUGCACAGGCUCACGUCCAACCGAAUACUUUUUAUCGACUGCAGAGACAGGCAGAACACUCUUCUGCUCGCGAAAUCGACGCAAGGCAAGAGGACUGGCAAAGGAGAAUUAACGACUUGCUCAACAACCCGAAGCUGUCGCCUCCAAAGACAUCUGUCGGUAUUGAUGUUUCUAGCCGACAUGCUUUCGACCAUCCAACCCAGCAUACCUCUGCGACAGUAUCUUUGCCAUCGCCAAUUGCACCUCGAGCUGUACCAACAGCGGUGACAGCACCAGCAGUCAGAGCUACAUCUAGAGUCAGAAUCCCCAAAUCAGCCAUCUCCAAGCCCAUGGCCGAAGAAUGUUUUGAGGAACAGGAGAUGGGAUCACUGCCUAGAAUUCGACUACCACACAAGGUCCCCGAGGCGGCAUGGCACCCUGCAGUACCCCAAAUCAAGCCCCUCCCUAGAAAGCUGCUUGUCCAGGCUGCUGUUAUGGACCCGUACCCAACGGCUGGCGAUCUAGGUGGACAUGUCAUCCGCAUUCAGCUACCCGGUACAACUGAUGUACGAACCAUAUCCGUUCCAGGAGUAUCUGGACGUGGUUCACGAGGAUCUACUCGAGGCUCCCCUCGCUCUCGAGCCAGUGUCGCAAGCCGAGGCGGUUCAAAGAGAGAAUCUACGCCCAUCUUAAGCGGCAGUCCUCCUAGCAGGAGCAGCCGAGGCAGCCGCGGAUCGUAUCGAAGCAGAGCGUCGGACAGCUGGAGCCGACGAAGCGCAUCACGCGGACAUCCGGCAUCACCUACAGCUUAGAGAGCUAGUAUGGUCCCUUUGCGAUGUAACUUGGCAUGAGAAUUGCGAAUUGAACAAGAAAAAAAAGAGACAUGGAAACGACAACCAUGGUAUAUUACGUGUUUAUUACACCAGACUCGGCUCACGCCGAGCUCGCUACCUCUGCGUGAUGUGGUUUUUUUUGUUGCUAUUCUGAAAUUUUGCAGAAUGGUGUGUACAGUUUUUUUACAUUUUUCUUCACAAGGACGAUUUAUGCGCAAACAAGAAAGGGAGCCUCCGACUUUUAACGGUCUUGACUUGUAUCCGAAGCCCACGUUUUGUGUUUCAUUAUGUUUAUGUUACAUGAUGAACGGCUUCUCAACACAUGGAUACCGAGCAACAGCGCUCGCCCGUCUUCCAGCUCGUACUGGAACGUGCUGGGCAAUAUCACACUGAUAUGGCCCCUUGAACUGGGGACUGUACUGUGUGUGUUUUUUUAUCUACUUUUUCUAUUAUUUGUUGUGCUAUUGGGUGUAUCUUUGUCUCGUUGUCCUGCUCUGUUUUCUGACCCUCUAAUAACAAGAGGAGUGCAGUCUUUGCACGGAGCACCUAUUACAAUCCAGCCGCUGAAAAAACGCUCUUGAAAGUGCCCAUUCUACCAUUGACAAGUGCUGGAAGAUUGCCAGUCGAAGAAACUUGUCAACAAAGGUGGUUUGGUGUGCCCAUAUUACACGUUGUUUUCUGGAAGCUGGGUGGUUUGGCUAGCUGCGUGCCUGGGACGCAAACCACAUACUAUCAAUAUUUGACUUAACCUUUUUACCUCUUUAAUUACUCUUCUCUGUUCAGUGUGAUAUGUGUGUGAGUGAAACUUAAUAAAUGGCAAAGAUAAAUCAUUCAAUCAACUAAGGUAAUCUGCAAAUCCCGGUCCUAUCCCAAACUCCUUCCAUUCAAAAAGUUACAAAACCAGCCCAGCGUCAAGUACAUGCAUGAGUCUAGAACAAACACAACCAACCAACUACUCUGUCUCGCAUCCCCUGGGCAACUCCUCUUUUUUGUUCAGUUCGUCAUCUAAGUAUGUGUACGGCAAUCAUUACUGCGUGUGGUAUAUACUCAUUAUCCGCGUUGCCUGUUUAGAAUUCUUCAAACGAGCAGUUCGGGUGCAUGACGUAAACCACCCGCAGAGCAACAGGUGCCGUGGUAUUGGCACUGGAAUCGUCCUCGACACGGACAGCCAUGAGGAUGUUUUCCUUGACCAUGCGCUUGAGAACCAUUACCGACAGCGCCUUCUCGGCGUGGUAGUCGUCCUCGCCCUCCAACUCCGACUCGAUGCUCUCCAGGUACCAACUGACAAGAGCCUCGCCCACGACACCAUCGCCGCUUCCGCUCUCGUCAUCGUUGAUGCGCUGGACAAACAUGUUGACCAUCUUGAUGUACUUGUCGUACGUGAUGGUGCGUCGGUUGCCAGUUUCCUGGGUAGCAGCCUGGCCUGCCAUGGCUUCAUCCUCUUCAGCGUCCUCGCCGCUGGCCACUUCAGCAGCCUGGCGAAGAGCGUCAGAGUCGUCAAAACCGGCCUCUUCGUCCAUCUCAACAUCAUCGUGCUCGACGGAAAUGAUACUUUGGCGGAGCAGGUUGUAGGCUUCAAUGACCAUUUCGGUGCUAAUGUUCUCGGUACAGUUGACCUUGGCAAUAGCCUCAGAAAGACGAAUCAAACUCUCGAGCUGACGAACAGUGAUACGGUAAGAGUUCUUGCCAACACCACCCUGAGCAUCGUCUUGACGCAGUUCGCGAUACUUUUCAACGAGCACCUCCUUAGCCUCCUCGGUGAAGACAGGGCGGAAGGUACGUGCGAAGCGGAUGUAUCGCUGCAAUUGCUCCGUGCUGAAUUCGGGCUCGACAGCUUCAUCACGAAGCUGGUGAAUACCAACAAUGUGGUUUGCAAGAUGUCUGUCGACAGAUUCGUUGCAUUCGUCAAGCACGACAAAGAACAAAUCGAAACGGGACAUAAUGGGCGCAGACAUGUUGAUGUUGGAUCGAAGCGUGGCUUUACGGUCGUAGCGGCCAGCAACAGGGUUGGCAGCAGCAAGAAUACUGGUACGCGCAUUGAGCGUAGCCUGGAUACCAGCCUUGGCAAUGGAAAUGGUCUGCUGUUCCAUGGCUUCGUGGAUGGCGACCUGAUCAGCAAUGUCCAUCUUGUCAAACUCAUCAAUAGCGCAAAUACCAUUGUCAGCCAACAUUAGAGCGCCAGCUUCAAUAGUAAACUCGCCAGUCUCCUCAUCCUUGAUGACUGCAGCAGUCAAACCGGCAGCAGAUGAAGCCUUACCACUGGUGUAUACGGCACGUGGCGCAAAAGAGCAAACAUACUUAAGAAACUGAGACUUGGACGUGGAAGGGUCGCCAACAAUGCAAAUGUUGAUGUCACCACGAAGCUGCAUGCCUUCAGGGGUUGCCUUGCUCACACCGGACAUGAGCUGCAGAAGGAUACCCUUCUUCACCACUUCGUGACCAUAAACCAUGGGGGCAAUUGAUUGCACCAGACGGGAGUAAAUGUGAUCACCGUGGACCAUACCACGCAAAUCCUCGACUUCAGACUGGUUCAUCGAUGACAGGAUGACGGCUUGUUCGUCUUCCACGCUGCGGGUCGAAUCGCUAGUAGCGUUCUGGGUAAGGUUGGCAAUGGUAUCGGCGAUGCUGCUGGCAGAAGAUUGGCCAGUGGAGGCAUUAUCAGGAGACACCAUGCAGGCCAAAAAGGCCAUGCGGUAUGUCAAAUCACGGACACCAAGAGCCUUGAGGCCAGAGAUUCCCGAACCGCCAGCAUCCGCUCCACGAGGAGCGUUCUUGUCGUCACGGAUUGCUGUGGGUCUCAGGCCAGGAAGACCAAGUUGGCUAACGUCAGGAACGACGAUAACGGCACCAGUAAAGAUACACUUUUCUCCGGCCUUGGCUCGGUCCACGAUUUCGCCACGGAGGAUCACAUCCAUGGUGCGGGGCAUGCUACCGGUAGGGAUUUCCGAACUGUUUUCCUGGAUUCGGACUUUCUGCCAAUCGACAAAGGUACUGCGGCGAAUAUCAAGCUGCCAGGCGACUCUGUUCUGGCAAGUACUGUUAGGGCACUGUGUAGGUUCGGUGUAUCGGAAAGUCUGUUCGACGUUGGGCACGACAGCUCUGCAAGCCUCGCAGACGAAUGUAGCGAGAGACAGCUCUGGUCGGACUUCAGACGUUCUGGUAACUGUUCCGGAAAUCGAAAUGAGCUGACCAAUGUUGGUCGCGCGAAGACUGCGAACUCGAGAGAUGAGGGGCAGGUUGUAGAAGGCGACUGAGAAAAGUUUGUCCGUUUGCUGGUGCUCAUUCUUCAUCUGGGGGUUGUCGCUCUGGGUACCGGAGCCCAUCUGACUAGCAGCAGAAGUAGAAACUGCACUCGAUGUCGACGUAGGCUGACGAUGGGCGCGGUAGUACAUGGGCUCGUGCUUGGCGAUCAGCUCGUUGAGCGCGGUUGUGAGAAAAGGCAGGAAACGGUAGUAUUGGCGCAUGACACCAUCGGCCAAACUGCCGUUUUCCCAUGAUGAGAGAUGUUUGAAAUCGACGUAGAAUGUAGAGAGGUUGUACACCUUCAUAGCUGUGAUUUGCGCGCGGUAGUGCUUGUUGGUUGUGAUGGCGCUAGAGGUAGGGGGUGCGGAUG